AUGGUCCAUGCUCAAGUGCCUCACGCGCCUUCGAACGCCGUCAGCUGGCUGUGGACCAUUGCUCUGCUGGCAUGGCUUUGUCCAAUCUGGCACACGUUCUGCGGCAGCUGCAGAACUAGCAGGUGCCCGUCGGAAGGCUCCUUGCGCAGCUUGCCACGUCGCCAGCUGCUGCUCGCUGCUGCAUUGCCCGAGGACCGCAGUUGCAGCUGCUGCUUGCAAGACUUUUGCCGCUGCCCCGCAACUUGCGAAUGCCUACGGGUGCUCCGGGCCAAUGGCUACAAAACGCCGUUGGAUGCUGGAGAAGCCCUAGAACAAGGAGGCGAAGUUCUGCUCUCCGCAAGUUUGAAGUGGCCGAGAGGCGACUUCCCAGCCUGGCGCCCCCUGGAGGCCCAACUGGCCGUGCGCAACUCCACGCUGCCGGGUGCCGGCCAAGGCCUCUUUGCUGCUGAAGCCAUUGCAGCGGGUGUGGUGCUGCCACCGUAUCAGGGGCUUUCUUUGCUGUUUGCAGACCUGGAUCGGGUGGAGUACUCCCGAGAGGUUGACAACUACGUUUGGUGUCCCAGAGAUCGGAAACUGGAGGGAGAGCCCUGGCUUCCGAGCUUCUGUGUGGACGGGCAGCGCCUCCAGCGCGGAAAUCCCGCCAGAUUUGUGAACGCUGCCCGCAUGGCAAACCAGUGUGACGAUGUGAAUCUCGAAAUUUGCGAGCUCGGACGAGUCGCAUAUUUUCGGACUCUACGUCCUGUCUCUGCAGGUACGGAGCUGAUCGUUGACUACGGCUCUUCGUACUGGGAAGACUUCGCAGUUUCUAGUUCGGUGCUCGCAGCCAUGGCGAGUCUGGAUGGUUUUCUCGGUCAUUUCGACAUGCUCUUCGAUGAUGACCGCAACCGAGCCUAUGCUGCUGCUAUACGAAGCGCGGCGGAAGAGCUGAGGCGAGCAAAGCCGUCGCAAGCUCUAAGAGCUCUUGACUUAGGAAGUGGCUCCGGAUUGCUGGGCUUGCUCUGCUGGCAAACAGGACUGUUCGAACAAGUGGUGCUCAUCGAAGCAUGUCCCCCGCUAGCUGAAGCGGCGCGUGAGAACAUCAGGAGAAAUGGCGCAGAGCGAUGCUGCUCGGUUUGGGAGGGCCACUCCUUCGAACUUCUCCACGACGAGAAAGCCAAGGUUCUGAUUGGCGAAGGCGUGCUGCCGACGCUGCGACAUGCUGCAGCUUCACGAUGCUUCAAUCCAGGCCCUGAGCUGAUUCCACGCCGUGCCCAAGUCUUUGGUCGAGUCUUCCGGUCGAAGGCACUCUGGGAGCGGCACCGUGGUGCUUUUCAAGAUUCAAGCUUGGUGAGCCUGCCAGAGGAUGUGGUCCGUUGUCCCGGGCUUCAUGCAGCUGAACACAUUCACCUGGGGCCAUUCCUUGAAACAGGUCUCCUAGAGUUUGUCUCGGAGCCGUUCGAGGUCUUUGACUUCGACUUUGCUGCAGUCACCGCGCUUCCUUCGUGUGGCCGGCGUGUGGCACUGCGCGUGCCGCUGAAGCCUGGCGAAGCACACGGCGUUGCGCUUUGGUUUGAGGCCGAGCUUUUCGGGUCAGUCCGAAUCUCGACGUCUCCGGGGCAGCCCUUGCGCGAACACUGGCGCCAGGCUGCCCUCUGCUUCCGAACGCCCGUCGCCGUCGAGGGCUCCGAGCCUUUGGAGCUGGAGGCACACCAUGAUGACGAUGCUGUUUGGAUUUCGCUUCCUCGCCGAUCGCGCCAGAAGCUGCAGCCUGGCCGGCCGCCAACUUGCAGUUGCGGCCUGCACGCGGCCACUUCCCGGCGCCGCCUCGGUGCCCUCGGUGUCGAAGGAGCCUGGACAGUGGAUCUUCCCAAAGCCGAGAAGGGCUGUGGCGCCUUGGUCUUGGGAGAUGGCCCCAUUCUGGCAAUCAGGUUGGCCAGACACGGUUACGACCCGGUGGUGUCUGUGGGACCAGGCAUGUUGAACUCCAGCAUCAUCCAGAAGUUCGCCUCUAGCAAUGGCCUGCAAGAAGUGCUUAAAGCAGCGCUUCUUGUAGGGGACAUUGUGCCGGAGGGUGAAGAGACAAAGAGAAAGCAUCGGCGGACCGAUGUUCGGACAGUCCAAAAGCGGCAAACGGAUGAAUCAGAGGCAGACAGCCUAGAAGACCUGGAGGACUUUCAAUGGGCAGCUCUGGCAGAGAGCUUGGAGGCGUUUGACGUUAACUGGGCUGCAUUUUCCGACUUCUGGUACGAAGCUGCUGCAGAGGACUGGAGGUUCCACCACUAUGCGAUCUUCGCCCAGAGCCUCCAUGCACUGGAGACCGCCGGUUUGAAGGUCCAUGCACCGCCAUGCUCGUGGACACUGCAUGCUGCCGCCUUCGAGUCCGAGUGGCUGGCGAGACGACUGCGUCCUGUGCCGAACGAUCUUGAUCCCUGGCAGGGUAUAGAUCUACGAGCUCUAAACGCGCUGCAUGCAGGUCAGCCAAAGUCUGGCUUUAGCGCCGAUGUCUUUCCGCUGGUGAGCGCAAACAUGCUUCGGAUCGUGUCGCGCAGCGCGGAGGUGCUUCAGCUGUCCUGCCGUUGGGAUAGACUCGAGGAUUGGCAAAGCAUUGAGCUUUCCGUCCAACGACCGGCACAUGGUGUCUUGCUCUGGAUCCAGCCAAAGGUGUUGGCAGCAACAGACAUCAAGUGGUACGAUGCUCUGACGAGCGGCGAAGCGAUGAGCUUGCUCAGGCACGAGAGGUUUGGCGUGGUGCUGGCCGAGGCUGCAGCCUGCGAGACAGUGCGGGUCGGGGCAAGGAAGAGGCCGCCGGGCUCCUCAGAUCACGAUGUCGAGCUCUACGAGAUAAUCUCGAGGGCUGGGUGCUAUGGUGAGCUCCUGGAGGUGCUCGAAGGGCCAAGGUUAGAGAAGACUGCGGAGGUGAGCAAAGCAAAAGGCAAAGCCAAGAAGGAUGACAAAGUCGGCUCGGUGUUGUUCAAAGAUGAAUCCGGCAAGUGCUUCUUCGAAUUGCUAGAUGUAUUGCUCUGCAAAGGGUGCGUUGCCCUCACAGACAACUUCGAUAUAGGUGCUUGCAAGGCCAUCCGAAAGCUCGAGGUAGGAGAAAAGCUCCAGGCUCUCGAGGAGCCAAGGGAGGACGCGAAGCGACACCUCGUGAGGAUGAAGGUGAAAGCCCUCUCCGACGGCAAAGAAGGUUGGGCCACGUCACAAGGGAAUCAAGGAACCAUGUACGUGGCGGCAAACAACCGUCACUACACUUGCAUCCACAGCGUCGACUUGGAGCCCAUCUCGGGCCAGGUCAGGAGACUCGAGCCUGGUGAGCACUUCGAGCUACUCCAAGAUCCGACGACUGAAUCGAGAGAAGGCAAGCUUUUUGCGAGGGGGCGCUGCCUUUCAAGCUCCGCUCAAGUAGGCGAGGGCUGGUUUGCAGUCGAUGAAGCUGUACAGCCUUGGAUACACCGCCAAAAGUGUGCCAAAGAUGCCACUCUGCGGACAUCCAUGGAUGCAGAUGCAGAGGUGGUGCGUGAGCUAGCUGCGGGCGAGGAUGUUGAGAUUUGUCAGGCUCCAGAGCCCUCUGCAAGCUCAGAAGGCGGCGCGUUGAUGGUUCGUGUUCGAGCGAAGAAAGAUGGCGUGGCAGGCUUUCUGCCCUUGUUCGGAGAGGACGGCCAG